AUGGGUGAAAAUAGCAAUGUUAAGCUUCCCCCUGGGUUCAGAUUUGAUCCUACGGAUGAAGAGCUGGUGGUUCACUUCCUUCAACGUAAGGCCGCCCUCUUGCAUUGCCACCCUGAUGUCAUCCCUGAUCUUGAACUCUAUCCCCAUGAUCCCUGGGAACUCGAUGGCAAAGCUCUGUGUGAGGACAACCAGUGGUACUUUUACAGUAGGAGGAUGCAAAUCAGGUGUACGAGCAAUGGGUAUUGGGAGCGAAUGGGAAUAGAUGAGCCUGUUGUUAAUAGCAUCAACAAAAGAGUUGGCAUGAAAAGGUAUUUGGUUUUCUACAUCGGAGAAGGUCCGGCUGCCAUCAAAACCAGUUGGAUAACGCAAGAAUAUCGUCUCUCCGGUUCUGAUUCCGGCACCGCCAAAUCAUCCAAAAGCAGUGGACAUUCCAAAAUAGAUUAUAGCAAAUGGGUUGUCUGCCGAGUUUAUGAAAAAAAUUGUAGUGAAGAAGACGAUGAUGGAACAGAACUGUCGUGCUUGGAUGAAGUGUUUCUAUCGUUGGAUGAUAUGGAUGAAAUUAGUUUGCCAUUAAACUAGCUAUGACGGGGGAGCAUAAUAUUUCUCAAGAUCAUAGCUACUAGCUAGGGUUAAUUCCAUUUUCCAUUAUAAAUGCUUUAUCCAAAUGUAGAAUGUUGGCAUUAAUGUGUUCCUAGGGGAAUGAUAAUAUCGUCGCCUAGUAUU